CAAAGACAUCCCGUUGUCUUUCCGCUUCUCCGAGAGUGUUUAUCGUUCACGCCCACUUAUUCGAUGCAAUAUCUCGGUUAGACGAAUAGGAGGAGAGGCGAGCACUAUGAUGCGAAGAAGCACGCUUAAUCGCACGUUGAAAUAUAUGUUUAUUCUGUUCGGAAUUUGGCCGGAUAUGUCGUACGUUCUGGUCUGCAGGGUAUUUUGGAUCGUCUCAAUAGUGUUUGUCGAGUACUGUCAUUAUCGCUACUUUCUGACACACAUAUACACCGCCGAGCUUCUCGAUCUGGUGGACUGCUUGUGCAGCUUUCUGGCAUGUAGCAAAGUAUUCUUUAAGUUUAUCCUGUUUUGGUUGAAACAACGAAAUUUCAUCGAAAUCUUGUCGAUGAUGGAGGACGAUUGGGACGAGUGCGCCAAAAGUGACAUGGAAUUUCGCGAGGUAGAGUGCAAGGCAAAAACAUCGGAUCGUAUCAUCAACUCCAUAGUCAUGCUUCACACGAUAUCGGUCAUCGCAUAUUGCGCCGGCGUUAUCCUGAACGACGCAGACGUCACAGACCGCACGACGGAGCUGCCCUUUGUCAUCAAGUUAGAUAUUCCCUUCGACGUUAACACGCAACUUAUAUAUAGAUCCAUAUUAAUCGUCGAAUUCUUGUUCGUGAUUAUGUGCACCUUGGCAGCCGGCAUCACGAACGCGUUGCUGUUGACUCUGGUGAGUCAGUUACACGUUUUGUGAACCCCUCGUCCGGAUUAUCUUGUAAUGUACCUGAAAAUUACAAAAAUAAGCACGUUAAUUGCCUAUAAG